CAAGACAGUUAUUAGUCGGCGCGGGGCGGCCGGCGUGGAGCUCGUGGAGGCGCGGCAGGGGGUGGCGCACGGCAACGCGGCGGUGACAGUCCGGACUCUCUUCAGUCGUCGCUCUCUGCUCUAGGUCUCUGGCCCUAGACGCCUCUUCCCUGCGCGCCUGUCUCCCUCUAUGGAUUCACUUCAGACUGGACAGAUGCUGAGCUUGCCCGCCGAGCUCGGCGGCAACAACUUAGAACUGGCGGAGCCGGCGACAUCCGCGGCCCGCGUCGACAUGGGCCCCCAGCCGGAGGCGGCUACAGAAGGCUCCGCACCUUUAGCCACUCGGGAGCCGGAGCCGGGGCCGGAGGAGCAGCCUCCGAGUACCCCGACGCCCGAGUGCAAAGUCCUGCUCGAGCAGGCUGACGCCCUGGCGUCUGGGGGGCGCCUCCGGGAAGCCUUCGAGGUGUACAGACAGCUCUCCGAGCGGCAGCAGCUGGUGGCCGAGCAGCUGGAACAACUGGUGCGCUGCCUGGCCCAGAACGUCCCUCAAGGCAAGGUGCUGCCGCCGGCGCCCCGGGACGGGAGCGGUGCGGCGAGCCGUGAGGCGGCGGCGAAAGAGGCAGGGGCACCAACGGUCGCCGCGGCCACCAAGGUGUGGGACGGCUUCAAGUGCCGUAAGUGCCAUGGGUUUCUGUCAGACCCCGUGUCCUUGUCGUGCGGCCACACCUUCUGUAAACUGUGCCUGGAACGCGGGAGGGCCACCGACCGGCGCUGCACCCUGUGCGGGGUCAAGCUCUCGGUGUUGAUGUUGGCCGCCGGGAUGGCGCGCGGGGUCCGGCGAGUCGCGCAGCCGCCGCCGCCGGCGGCGACCGCCGAGCCACCGCUGCUGCCGCCGGCCACCGCCGCCGCUGAAAUAGAUGCCCCCCCCGCCCCGCCCGCCCGCAGCCUGCGCUCUCUUCUCGAACCCCUGCCCCGCCAACCCGGCGGGCAGGCGGCCGGGCGGCGCAACUGCUCGGGGAUCCCCGGAGACCGCGGGCUGGCUACGGAGGGGGGCGCGCCUCGGCCCCCCGCCGCCGUGCGGCGGGAGGAAGGACGGGUGGGCUUGGCGGCUUCAAGGGCAACGUGUGCUGCCCCACGGCUCUGGCCGCACCGGGGUGCCCGAGCUCCCUCGAGGAGCGGCUCCCGCCGACCCUCCGCGUCCCGACCCAGGAAGUGGCUGCGGAGCCGGGGGCCGGUAGCGCCCAGCUCGGGCCAGCCGCCGGGAGCUCGGCCGGCGGGGCGCGGCGUCUGGCGAAGCGUGCCGGGGAGGAGGCGGCAGGGCCGUGCGGACGGGGCUCUGGGGAUCCGCGGGUGCCCUGAGCCCGACUCCAACGGGUGGAUGAAGGGAAGAUCCAUCCUCAUACAGGACUUAUGUGUUCGCGCUGGGACCACUAAUGAGAGCUUUUUUUUUUUUCUCAUUCUGGCAGCUCCAAAUGACCACUUGCUUUAUAGCAACCGGUCUCAAAUUUAUUUCACCUUGGAGUCUCAUGAGGAUGCCCUGCAUGAUGCAGAAAUAGCAUGUAAGCUCCGCCCAAUGGGUUUUAAGGCACACUUCAGAAAAGCACAAGCCUUAGCCACCUUAGGCAAGGUGGAGGAAGCACUAAGGGAGUUUCUAUAUUGUGUGUCCCUCGAUGGAAAGAACAAAAGAGCAAGAUCUGAAGCCCAGAGGGAAAACCCGGAGAUACCACACUGUUCUAGUCAGGAGGAAGCAGCGGCGGGGGGAGACGGCGGCAGUCUGGCAGACCCAGUUAAAGUAGAGGGGGAGGGGCAGCAAGGCGACCAGAAGGGCCAGGCAGGAGACGAGGAGGAGAAGGGGGACGCUGCCUCUGCAGAAGCUGCCUCCACCAAGGCUGGCAAAUGCCAAGAAAAGAAAAGGAAGCAUUUUCAAAUUGGAACCCAAGACCCAGAGAUGCCUACGAAAGCCUCGAAGCCAGAUCCUCCAGCUGAGCAGGGGGCUGAGGCUGCUGCCAGUGCUCCACUGCCGUCUUUUGUGGAUGCAUCUGACCUUGAAUGUGCCCUAUGUAUGAGAUUAUUCUAUGAGCCGGUCACAACACCUUGUGGGCAUACAUUUUGUUUAAAAUGCCUUGAAAGAUGCCUAGAUCACAAUGCAAAGUGUCCGUUGUGCAAAGAUGGCCUUGCACAGUGUUUGGCAUCCAGAAAAUAUAGCAAAAAUGUCAUAAUGGAAGAGCUAAUAGCUAAAUUCCUUCCGGAGGAACUCAAGGAACGAAGGCAGCUUUAUGAAGAAGAAAUGGAAGAGCUUUCUAACUUAAAUAAGAACGUGCCUAUUUUCGUGUGUACUAUGGCCUAUCCCACCGUUCCUUGUCCCCUGCACAUCUUUGAGCCUUGUUACCGUCUGAUGAUUCGUAGAUGCAUUGAGACAGGCACAAGGCAGUUUGGCAUGUGCCUUGGAGAUCCUGUCAAGGGGAGGUUCGCGGAAUAUGGCUGCAUCCUGGAGAUCAGGAAUGUUCAGUUCUUUGCUGACGGCCGCUCAGUGGUGGACAGCAUAGGCAAGAGGCGCUUCAGGGUCCUCCAUCAGGGCCAUCGAGAUGGUUACAAUACAGCUGACAUUGAAUACAUCGAAGACCAAAAGGUUCAAGGAGACGAUUAUGCUGAGCUCAUGGGAUUACAUAAUUGUGUCUAUGAGCAAGCAUCAUCAUGGUUUCAUUCGCUCAAAACAUCUCUGAAGAAUCGGAUACUCACUCACUUUGGUCCAAUGCCAGAGAAAGAUGCUGAUCCCCAGGUUAACCCGAAUGGUCCAGCCUGGUGCUGGUGGACGUUAGCGGUUCUUCCGCUGGAAAGCCGAGCUCAGCUCCCAUUCCUAGCAAUGAGAUCCUUAAAGGAUAGACUGAACGGUAUUCGGCGAGUCCUGGCCUUUAUGUCCCGAAACCAAAAUUAGUGAGAGUGGAUUGCCGAAGAGGAGCCCCCAACCCCCCACCACCUCUGGGGGAGGCAUCUUGUAAAUAUAUCUAAUUGCAAUAACAUCUUAACAGAAGGAGGUAUCAAACAGGCGUUUCCCUGCUGUUGAUCACAGAGAGAAAAUGUGUAGAAAGACCGAAAGCAAGGGGCCUGUUUGAAACUUUCUGUCUUAAGAUGCUUCUUGACAUGCUGCACAACUACAUGCUCAGCAGAGGUGUUUAAAAGCCCAGAAGAAAAAAAUUAAUUUGAUUUCGACAUAAACUUUUCUGAAAGUUUAAAGUGAUUUUGCUUUAAUUUUCUUUCUUGCAUAGUUAAGUGUGUGGUUGAAAUGUGAAGCACAGAUACUAAUAAUGUUGCGUUAUUUCACUGACUUGAGUUCUCAUUCCAAAUGGUUCAGGUUUUAUACAGCAUUGUGUAAAAUAAUGUUCAUCCUUCUUUCUGUUUUAAUAAUUUAUUUUUUUGCACUACUGUAUCCUUUUUUUUCUACAUGUAUGUUUGUAACUAUUUAAGUGUACGUUACUGAAAAGCCAGUUGCUUUAUUUAUUAACGUGGUUUACCAGGUACCAAGGGGGAAGUAACAGUACUAGAAAUGUGCCAUUUUUGCUUUAAUCACAUUUUACUAUGUUUCUUGAGCCAGUUCUCGAAUGGUUUUUCUAUCUACCCCACUGGAUGCUUACAGGAAGUUCAGAGUCACGUUGAGAUUACUGAUCUUCACAGGUUCCAUUUGGCUUUCAGUUUGAAUUCAACAAUAUAAGAUACACAAGGGAUUUGGCAUACGUUAUGGAAUAAGCCACGGUAAGAUAAAAUAAUCCAUUUUCUAUGUCUUAUACAGAGCAGGGAUGAAAGAAUAUUUUCUUUCAAUGAAGAGAUGACUCAGGGGGUGUCUUUUAGUACAGUCUGUUUUAGGCAUUUAUCUCAACAAUCUAAUUAUAAGUGUAUCUCAUUUCUCCCCAGUGCAGUGAGGAGUGGGAUUUUGAGGCAGGAUGAUUUUUAACCCUUCAGAGGUAUUGGUUUUCAGUUUGGCACAUCAUAGCCUCCAUACGCCACCUCUUCUCAGGGUUCUAAGGAUCACAGCUUGGCUAGCAUGUGUGGAAACACGCGAGGAAGGGCUGGUUGUUUUUAAAGUGCAAAGAAGCCAGUACAAAAAGCAGACCCUUUAAAAAAACAGACCAAGUGUCUUUUUGGCUUGUUAAUCUCUUUAAAGGAGACAGACCAUGAAUCCAUGAUUUUAUCUAAGCACUGCCUUCCCUCCCGGCUGCCGUGGGCCAAAGAUUUCAAUAUAGGGCAAGAAUAGUGGGUAAGAAGGUAAGGGGGAGCUCUUGUUUAGCCUGCUUAGUGCUAGUGUGAUUCCUUUAGUGCCCGGAGAGCCUGAAAAAUGCCGUGAGGAUGGGAUGUCAGAGUGAUGGAACGAAGAGAUUAGGCCAGGCAAGAAAUGAGUCCUACCAUCUGCACUGUCGCACACAUUAUUCCCCCACGUGAUGCUGGACGGAUACAGGGCAGCCCAUCCACCCCACUGAGGAGAGGUUAGUGCCUCAAGUAACCAGUCUGACUUCUUCCAUCACCACCUCUGUCCAGAAACAGAGAAGGCAGAACGAGAUGAUCCAGGCAACAGAAAAGAGAUUCACAUAAGCAGAAACAAGAUGAUCUUUUCUGCACUUGCUAAAUAGAUGCUAUAUUGUCAGAGCAAUAUGUUACCAGGCUUGAUGUUUGCAGACUAGGCUAGUGAAGAAUGGAAGUAUAGGCAUGGUUACUGCCCAAGCAAACUCUGCAAGGCUCGGGGAAGCGGGAAAUUAAAGGCUUCCCCUCCCACUUGGUGCCCAGCCAUGAGGUGGUAUUUUCCUGUCAUCUAGUGUAAAUGCAGCAGAGAAAAUGUCAUAAGCAUCUCCCCUUGGUAGAUGUUUUUGUUUUAUGAUUUAACUUUCUGGGCCCCAGGGUCCUCAUCUAGCAAAUAGUAGUGAUCAAUCCCACAUAUAGGGUUGUUAAUGAAUGUUAUGUAAGGUAGUAUAUAGGUAAAUCACUUAGCAGAGUGCCUAGCAUCUAGAUGUUUGAAAAAUAAUAGUUUUGAUUAGGUUAUUCAUAGUUAUAGACUAUCAUCAGGGACCCACGUUUGCAUAAAACAUUGGGCUUUACACACGGUACGCACAUCUACCCCUUAAAACAUAGUUGGGGGGAUCCACACCACUGAUUCUCAGACCAUAACUUGAUGCUUUACAGUUAAUUCCUUUUGGAGCCAAGUCUGUUUGGGAAAAUGUAAGGCUAGAAAACAAAUGGGGGGGCGCCUGGGUGGCACAGUGGUUAAGCGUCUGCCUUCGGCUCAGGGCAUGAUCCCAGCGUUCUGGGAUCGAGCCCCACAUCAGGCUCCUCCGCUAUGAGCCUGCUUCUUCCUCUCCCACUCCCCCUGCUUGUGUUCCCUCUCUCACUGGCUGUCUCUAUCUCUGUCAAAUAAAUAAAUAAAAUCUUUAAAAGAAAACAAAUGAGGGUCAGAGACAAAGGAGAGUUCUGGGCCAGUAUGUUUUUCCCUAUUUCAAUAGGACUAAAAAGUUGUGCUCUUUGGAGGUCUAGAUUUUCUGAUAUAAUGGAAGCCUUAAAUUCUGGCUCCAUUAGAAUAACCAGCUCAUCACUUCUUGCUGUUGGCCAUGCCAGAGUGAACGAGUUUUACAAUCUGACUUUUGUGCUUAUUAGUUCGUGGGAUUUCUUGAUGCUGCCGCAACAGAAAUUUACUGUGAGCCUACUAUGUAUCAGGCACUGAGCCAGGCAAUUCCAGGUUCAUUCCAUGAACAUAUAGGAGUUUGUGGAAUUACUUAUUUCCCACAUCAACCCUGUGAGAUCAGUUAUCAUCCCCAUAUUACAGAUGAGAAGGCUGAGGCCCUGCAAUGUUAAACAUUUUGCCCGGAUAGCACAGCCAGUUAAUAGCCAAGCUUGAUUUUGAACCUGUUACUUUGCAGAUUUUUAACAUUUUGAACAGUUUGUGUUACACAUAAUUUUAUUAGAUAUUUUUAGAUAAAUUUAGAUUUAUUAGAUAUUUUAUGAGAUAAUUUUAUUAGAUAAAGCAUGGCAACCGAGUCACAAAAGUGAGCCCCAGAAGCUCACGAUUCAAAUGGCAGUUGAGGGUUAAGUAAAAUUCAGUUACCUCACACAUCUUUACUUAAUCUAGGUAAAAAGGGAAGUUUGAUUUUUUUAUUUUUUUAUUUUUUUUUUUUUGAUUUUUUUAAAUAAAGUUCUACAUCAUAGAAUAUUUCCUGUUGCUAAAUGAGUACCUAACUCCCACAGACGUAGCUCUUGACUGGGUAGAAUUCCACUGGGCUCUCAGUAGCCCGAAUAAACAUUUGGGUUGUUUUCUAGCAAGCUUCUGUUUCAGCAGUGGUUGGAGGCAAGGAGCCAGGCUGCUUGGCUUUCUUUGGGAUGUACUUGAAUGGGGUAGUCAGUUGAACACGACCAUUUUCAUUACUUAUUAAGUGAUUUUGCUGCCAAGCUUGGAUAUGAAGGGUGUACAGAGAAAAGAUGUAAGGUCAAAUCUAGGCCAGAAGUACAAUACUUCCCCCUUGGUAGAUUGUGCCAUUUAUUUGGUUAAUUUUCUUAUUGUAACCUAGACUAUACCUAGAUUAUUUUCUCUGUGUGUGUAUGUAUAUGUGUGUAUAUAUGUAUAUACGUAUGCAUAUAUAUAUGUAAUUAGGUACCAAGCAGAUAUUAUGCCUUUCUGCUUUGUACUGUACUACUGCUGCUAGCUAAUAACCAGCAAAAUGUAGAAAAUGAAAAAUGAUAAACUAAUUUUCUGUAGACAACUUGGAGAAAAGGGUGCCUGCCCCUGACUUAAUGGGGCAGAGAACUGACUAUUUUGAGAAUUUGCCUUUUCUGAAGGCUGACUGCUUCUAGCCCCAUGGCAUUUCCAGCUCUGCCUGUGUGGCUGGCCUGGGCUCAGGUAAUCCCCUGUGACUGGCCAUCGAGCAGUGGAGCUGCUGAGGCUGGUUCACAGCACCCAGAGGUCUCUUACUGUCAACAGAUUGCAUGCUGUUGAGGGACCAGAAUCCAUUGGGGACUGUGCUCCCCCUACCAACUCCAUUUCCAAGUUGGGAGCUUCAUUCAAGGACUCAGUCCUUGAGUUCCCAACAUGUUGACUUUGCAUCCAUUUCUGUUUGUUGAGGCGAAGUCUUAGCAGAGGUGUAUAAUAAAGAUGCAAAUGGAGGGCAGCCCAAAUAAUGGAAGAGGACAGAUUUUUCAGCCCAUCUGGAGGAGGGAUGAGGUUUUGAUUUAGGACUGAAAGCAGUUCUGAAAAGCAGCCAGCUGCCUGAGCUACGGUUGGUGCCCUUCCUGAGUGCAGAGAGAGAAAAGGAAAAGGCGUCACAUAAAAUGUAUGCACUCAGUUCCUCUUAGAAUGAUAGUUUGCACUGUUCCGCGGUUUACUAAUCUGGGUGGUGCACAUCCAGAGGUGAAAUGAAGUUGUUUUCACUUACAAAUGGUUAUUUUUCAAUGUGCUAAAUUAACCUUGAGAGAGAAGUGCCUGUAAUCUCUGUUCCUGGUGUCAUUUUAAAGCUUUUGCUUCAUGACUCUGUAGCCGUUUAAAAUUUUGUCGCAGCAAAUGUGAUUAACGGAAGUUUACAAAGCAACACUGUAGCUUAUGCCUCAUGUUAAAAAUUGCCUAACGUUUAUCUAUUGUCAAAGCAACAACCAAUAAACAACAAAAUAAAAGGAGAGCAAAUAGGUCAAUGUGGCAUCAUAGGCUUAUCUUAGAUAAACUAGUUCCAUCGUUUCGUGCAGUCCUCGGUCAUGCCAGGAUUGAAAUACCAAGCAGGCCGCCCCAGCAGUGGCAAAUGUGUCCGUGUGUUUGUUCGCCCGCUCGUUUGUCCCUCAGCCAUUUUACUAACGCGCUGUAAUAAACUGAAAGGGGAAUUAAGAUAAUGCCCCCCCCCGCCCCGUGUUGCUAUUCUACUACCUCGAUAUGCUUGGCUUCUCUUUAGGGGUUUCUUUCUUCCCAGUCUGCACAAAAAUGCAGUUUCAGUUCGUCAUCUAUGUUGUCAUGACAAUGUGAUUGAUAUAGACAGUUGCUGUGAAAGCUCUUCAUUCAUUGAAAAUGUUUCCUGUUGUCUCACUUUAUACCUAACAAAGCUCUACGCAUAACCUUAGGGCAAGAAUUACCUAAAUAAGUUAUCAUUUUGUUGGAAGCUGAAUUGAAGGGAAAGCUGUUGGACCACCUAUUUUGUUCUUGUUCCUGUUGCUUAUAAUACAUUUGACCUAAAGAUCUUUCAAGGAAGUAGACUUGCACUCAGACAGAAAGCUCUCACGUAUCUGACAGUGAGGCCGGCGUGAGCUGGUUAAUGUGACUGAUGUGUUCUGAAACCCUGGCCAUAAAUUGUUUUUAAAAAAUGCAUAAAUUGUUUUUAAAAAUCUUGUUAUUUAAAGACUUAUGUUGAAGCGUUUUGCUAAUAAUCCACCUCUCAAUUGUUUGUAAAUCCGUUCCUAUGUUGGGUUUGCUUAAAGCAGAAUACACUACCUACUGUUUCCUUUGCCAAUAUAAAAUUUUUGUGAAAAGCAA